AUGAAAGCAUCGACUGACGGUAUAACAUUAGCAAAAGAAUAUAUUGAUUUAAAUAAAAAAGAUUUUGAAGAUAUGUCUGUCGAGUUACGAUUCGGUAAACUCCUCACUGAUAUGGGUCAAUACGAAAAGGCAAUGAAAUAUUUUAAAAAAAUUUUAAUUGAUCCUUAUGUCAUCGAUUUACCUUCGAUUUAUUUUCAUAUUGGUCGUAUUUAUCACUUAGUAGGUGCUUAUAAUGAUUCUCUUCUAAAUUAUGAAAUUGCUGGUAAAAUGAUUGAAGCUAAGGAACAAAAAACGCCCUCGCAAUUAUUACACUCAGCAAGACUAUUCAAUAAUAUUGGUACUAUUUUUUAUAAAAAAACAGAAUAUGAUCAAGCUUUAUUCUAUUUAAGAAAAAGCUAUCAAAUUCGAGAAGAAAUAUUGGGUGUCUGGCACCAUGAAACAGCGCAAAGUCUACACAACAUGGGUAAUGUAUUUUUUGACAAAGGUGAAUUUAGCGAUGCAUUGUGUUACUAUGAGAAGUCUAUUAAGAUAAGAGAACAUCUGUUUCCAAUGGACCACACAGACAAAGCGGCUAGCUUAAAUAGUAUUGCUCUUGUUUAUUGGAAACAAAAUAGGCUAAAUGAAGCUUUAGAAUACCAUUUGAAAUCAUUGGCUAUGUUCAAAAAGCUUCUCCCACCAGAACAUGAUGAUAUUGCAACGUUAUUAGUAAGUGUCGGUAAUGUUUUAACAGACCAAGAGAAAUUUGAUGAAGCAUUCUCGUAUUAUAUGGAAGCUCUUCAUAUGCGAGAAAAAUUAUUUCCUAAUGGUCAUCCUAAUCUUGCUCUGACGCUGUAUUUUGUUGGCCGCCAUUUCGAAAAAAAACAUGAAUAUGUCGAAUCUCUUCAAUAUCAUAUAAAGCAGUUAAAUAUGUAUCAAAAGUUUUUCUCUGUUGGGCAUACUAUUUUGAAAGAAACUGAAGAGAAUAUUGCUCGAUUACAGUUACUCAUACAGAAAAGUAAUAAAUUUUAAUUGAAAGAUUUCUUUGCAAUGCAACUACAUAUACUUAUUUUCUACUUUUACUUAUAUAUGUGAAUUCACAAAUCGUUUCAGGUGUGGGUGGGUGUGUGAUUAUAAUGUGGGUGUGGG